CCACUGGGACAGAGACCACAACCCCCAUCACGACCAGCACCCCAGGGACUCCAACUCUGACUCCCACCAUCACCACCACCACCACAGGGACCACAACUAGCACCACCACCACCACCUCAGGGCCAACAACCCUGACUGCCAGUACCAGCAUUACUGAGACCCCAAGCCCGACCCCCACCAUCACCACCAUCACCACCCCAGGGACAACAACCCUGUCCCCCAGCACCAGCAUCACUGAGACCUCAACCCCGACCCCCACCAUCACCCCAGGGACAACAACCCUGGCCCCCAGCACCACCACCACACAGACCACAACUCCCACCAUGACCACUACCCCAAGGACAACAACCCCCACUGCCAGCACCACAACCACAGAGAACACAGCCUCCACCACGACCGCCAGCCCAGGGCCAACAACCAUGACUCCUAGCACCACCACCACUGAGACCCCAACUCUGACCCCCACCAUCAUCACCACCAUCCCCACAGAGACCAAAACGCCCAUCACGAGCACCACCUCAAGGACCUCAACUCCUACCUCCGCCAUCAUCACCACCAUCAGCACAGAGACCCCAACACCAACCCCCACCACGAUGACCACCGUGCCCACGAGCUCUAUCAGCACUGUGUGUGAGGAUGACUGCCAAUGGACUGGCUGGCUGGAUUCUGGUAAACCAAAUGUUACCGAACAAGGUGCAGACAUUGAACCCAUCGGAGAUGUCUGUGGAAGAGGCUGGGCGGCCAACAUCUCCUGCAGAUCCACUAACCAUACUGACGUUCCCAACGAACAGCUUGGACAAACGGUGGUCUGCGACACUUCUGUUGGACUGGUGUGCAAAAACCAAGACCAGAAGCCAGGGGGACCCUUCCCCAUGCCUUACUGCCUCAACUAUGAGAUCAACGUCUACUGCUGUGGGUUGUGUUUCUCCACAUCGUCUCCUACCACCACUGAGACCUCCACUGUGACCCCUACCAUCACCACCACAGAGACCACAACACCCACCACGGGCACCACCCCAAGGACCUCCACCCUGACGCCCACCACCACGACCACAGAGACUACAGCCCCUACUAUAACCACUAUGUCAGGAACCCCAACCCCCACCAUCACCACCACCACCACCACGGAGACCCCAACCUCAAUCCCUACCAUCACCACCACCACCACAGAGACCCCGACCCCAAUCCUCACCACCUCAGAGACCACCACUCCCACUCCCACCAUCACAGAGACCACAACCACCACCACUACUACCACCACUGAGACGCCAGCUUCAACGCCCAGCAUCCUCUCCAGAAGCACGGAGACCCCAACCCCUACAGGCACAGUAACCACGGGUGAGACCACCACACCAAAACCGCCUGAGUCCUCCUCCCCUCCAACAUCUCCGUCCACCUCCCCCUUUUCCACGGAAUCAACCACGCCUCUGACUGCCACCCCAACAAUCGGGGAGACAUCCAGCACACCAUGGCCCCCAACACCAACGGUCACUACAACAGGAAGCCCUGCCACCACCACUCCAGGCACGCAGACGUCAGGUCCCACCUCCUCAAAGACCACCCCCACCAGCGGGACCACCGCCGGGCCCUCCUCGCCCACCCUAGGAUCCCCUUCCACACCCACUCCUGUGACUGUCUCAACGACCACCACGGGAACGCGCACCCCGACCUCGACCACGCCACAGACCACCAGCACCUCGACCACCAGCGUGUCCACCCCUACCCCGACCCCACCCAGUACCCCGAGCACCAUCAUCUCCACCAGCUUGGUCGUCAAUACCAUCAGCCCCUGCUGUGUUCUGAACAACACGUACUAUGCCCCAGGCGAGGUGGUGUACAACGGCACGCACGGGGACACCUGCUACUACGUGAACUGCUCGCUGGACUGCUCCUUGCAAUUCUUCAACUGGUCCUGCCCGUCCACCCCCUCCCCAACGCCCAGCACACCCACGCCAACGCCCACGCCGUCCACAACAUCAAGCACGCUGACCACCACCACGCUCCCUGUGUAUGAGUGCCCCGACUUUGAUCCUCCUAGAAAGGAGAACGAGACGUGGUGGCUCUGCGACUGCAUCAUGGCCACUUGCAAGCACGACAACACGGUGGAGAUCGUGCACGUGGAGUGUGAGCCCCCACCCAUGCCCACCUGCUCCAACAACCUCACGCCCGUGCGCGUCCCGGACCCCGACGGCUGCUGCUGGCACUGGGAGUGCGACUGCUACUGCACAGGCUGGGGGGACCCACACUACACCACCUUCGACGGGCUCUACUACAGCUACCAGGGCAACUGCACGUACGUGCUGGUGGAGGAGGUCAACCCCACCGUGGACAACUUCGGGGUCUACAUCGACAACUACCACUGCGAUGUCACCGACCGAGUGUCCUGCCCCCGCACGCUCAUCGUGCGCCAUGAGAGCCAGGAGGUCCAGCUCAGGACGGUGCAGAUGCUGCCCCUGAAGGUGCAGGUGCAGGUCAACGAGCAGUCCGUGGCGCUGCCCUACAAGAAGUUCGGGCUGCAGGUGUAUGAGUCCGGCUUCAAGUACGUGGUGGACAUCCCCGAGCUGGGCGCCCUCAUCUCCUACGAUGGCCUCUCCUUCUCCAUCAGGCUGCCCUACCGCCUGUUUGGCAACAACACCAAGGGCCAGUGUGGCACUUGCACCAACACCACCUCGGAUGACUGCGUGCUGCCCAGUGGGGAGGUCAUCUCCAACUGCGAGGUCGCAGCUGACCAGUGGGUGGUGGACGACCCCUCCAAGCCGCACUGUCCCCACUCCAGCUUCACCAGCCCACGCCCGGCCACCACGACGCCAGUGGGCAGCAGCACCACCACACCCAAGGACUGUGAUCCUUCCCUCUGCGAGCUCAUCAAGGACAGCUUGUUUGCCAAGUGCCACGCCCUGGUGCCCCCCCAACACUACUACGAUGCCUGCGUGUUCGAUAGCUGCUUGGUGCCCAACUCGGGCAUGGAGUGUGCUAGCCUGCAGACCUAUGCUGCCCUCUGUGCCCAUGAGGGCGUCUGCAUUGACUGGCGGAACCGCACCCAGGGGGCCUGCCCGGUUACGUGCCCGUCUCACAGGGAGUACCGGGCCUGCGGUCCUGCCGAGGAGCCCACUUGUAGGUCCAGCUCCUCGCUGCCGUUGAACGACACAGGCGUAGUGGAAGGCUGCUUCUGCCCCGAGGGCACCACCAGCUACGCCCCCGGCUUUGAUGUCUGCGUGGAGUUCUGCGGCUGUGUGGGACCUGAUGACGUGCCCAGAAAGUUUGGGGAGCGCUUUGAGUUUGACUGUAAGAACUGCAUCUGCCUGGAGGGUGGAAGAGGCAUCAUCUGUCAGCCCAGGAAGUGCAGCCAGAAGCCCCUGCCUGAGUGCAAAGAGGACGGCACCUACCUGGUCACGGAGGUCAACCCCGAGGACACCUGCUGCACCAUCACCUCCUGCAAGUGCAAUGCCAGCCUGUGCAGGGAGAAGCCCCCUGUGUGUUCGCUGGGAUUCGGGCUGAAGAGCGAGAUGGUGCCGGGAAGGUGCUGCCCCCACUACUCGUGUGUGCCCAAGAACGUGUGUGUUGUCGGGAAUGCUGAGUACCAGCCCGGCUCUCCAGUCUACUCCUCCAAGUGCCAGAACUGCAUGUGCACCGGCAGCAGGAACAGCACCACACAGCUCAACGUCAUCUCCUGCACCCACGUGCCCUGCAGCACGUCCUGCAGCCCCGGCUAUGAGCUCGUGGAGGCCCCUGGGGAGUGCUGCAUGAAGUGUGAGCAGACCCACUGCAUCAUCAACCAGCCCAGCGGGCAGUACAUCCUGAAGCCCGGGGACGUAAAGAGGGACCCCACCAACAACUGCACCUUCUUCAGCUGCAUGAAAAUCCACAACCAGUUCAUCUCGUCCAUCUCCAACAUCACCUGCCCGGAAUUUGACGCCAGCGCCUGCCUCCCGGGCUCCAUCACGCUCAUGCCCAACGGCUGCUGCAGGAAGUGCAUCCUUCGCAAUGAGACCAGGAUCCCCUGCUCCACCAUCCCCGUUACCAAGGAAAUUUCACAUGCCGGCUGCAGCAAGUUGGUGACCAUGAACUACUGCUCCGGGUCAUGCGGGACCUUCGCCAUGUACUCUGCCGAGGCCCAGGCCCUGGACCACAGGUGCACCUGCUGCAAGGAGCAGCGCACGAGCCAGCGGAAGGUGGUGCUGGACUGUCCCCACGGCGGCUCACUGGACUACACCUACACUCACAUCGAGAGCUGCCUGUGCCAGGACACCACCUGCGAGUUCCUGCCGCCCCAGGGCAGCACCCCCAGCCGCGUGCGGCGCUCUGGCCUCACGGCCCCGCCUCCGUGGAGGAGGUGAGCAGGGCAGGCGCGGCCACCCAGGCCCCGCCCUCCACUGUCCUCCUCAUCGCCCUGCUGACCCUCUGAGCUUUCCGGCUUCCUAAUUCCUCUCUGCGGAUAUUUAUUUUCCGAGCCUUUGUUCAAUUCUUUACUUUCCUAAUAAACUUGGGCAAAGACGC